GGAGCUGAAAUUCCCACAAAACCCAGCGCAUCAAUCAAAGCGGGGUUUGGCAAAAAGAGUUCCUGCUCCAGGGAGCUUGGAAAACUUUGCUUGGAUUUCUGGUUUUUCUCCUCCUCCUCUUCACACGAUGACUGAUGAAUACAUCCACACAUAGUGGUUUCCUGAAAAUGUGAGGCUGGACGGUGGAGAGCAAACUUACGCAGGGAAAGUUGGUCCCCACGGAGCCACCAGGCCGAGUGCUGACACCUGACCCGAAGAGCUCCUCGGAGGGGCCCUGGGAGUGGCCUUCAACCAGGUGGGCUCUCUAACUCCGCCCGAGAACCCCAGGAAAACCAGGCCCCCGCGGCCGGGGCAGUCCCGCAGCCCAGCGCAGCCCGGCGCGCGCCGCCGCCCGCUCGCCCCGUGCCCGCUGCAGCCCGAACCUGGCCCUGGCCCGGAGCCGAGGGGACAGCGGGGACCGCGAGCUCCUGCUCCCAGCGAGGGGCGCGCCAGCCAAGGAGCCGGCACCUAAAGGACAUGGAGGAAAGGCCAGUAGAGGCCAACGCCAAUGUGGACAGCUCCACAUCCCCCUCAGUGGCCCAGCUGGCUGGACGGUUUCGGGAGCAGGCAGCUGGAGCCAGGGAGACGCCAGCCAGUAAACCAGCAAGAAGGAAACCGCCCUGUUCCCUCCCCCUGUUCCCCCCCAAGGUAGAGCUGGGCCAGAAUGGUGAGGAGAAAUCACCCAACGCCAGCCACCCUCCUAAAAUCAAAGUGAAGAGCUCGCCUCUGAUUGAAAAGCUUCAGGCCAAUUUAACCUUUGACCCAGCAGCUCUCCUGCCUGGGGCCUCACCCAAGAGUCCUGGACUCAAGGCCGUGGUGUCACCAUUUCACAGCCCGCCUUCUACCCCCAGCAGCCCAGGCAUACGGCCUCGGCCCGGCGAGGCAGAGGAGGUGCCCGUCAGCUUCGACCAGCCUCCCGAAGGCAGUCACCUGCCCUCUUACAAUAAGGUACGGACAAGGGGCUCCAUCAAAAGGCGCCCCCCUUCCAGGCGGUUCCGAAGGUCUCAGUCAGACUGCGGUGACCUGGGAGGGUACAGGGCCGCAGAGUCAUCUCAGGAGAACGGUGCCACGGAAGAGAAUGGGGAGGAGGUGUUCACCUCCAAGAGCAAGGCCCCAGGAUCCCCUCCAUCCAGUGAAGGGGCAGAGGGAGAGGGAGGGAGGAGAAACCCAGAACCUUUGGAAAAGCCCCCUCUGAGGAGGACAGAGAAGCAGGGGAAGGAUGGGGCUGCAGAGGAGGCCCAGCUCGGUGCUCAGGAGGAGGCCCCGGGGCCAGCCCAAACCAUCUCCAGCCCAGAGGCCAAGAAUGGGUGUGGAAGCCCCAGCGAGGAAGACCCAGCUGGAGAGGAAAGGGGGACCCGAGAGUCUAUGGAGGGGAAGAAGGAGGGGGAGCCAAGGGCAGAGGCCAGGCCUGGACAUGAGGCCCACGACACACAGAAGCCAGAGGAGGGAGCCGUCAUGGAGAGGACCCCAGAGAGUCCCCCCGGAGGAGUGGAGGGAGACAACAACCUCAAGCUGGAGAAAGACAAGAAAAAGCAAGAGGAGGGGGCGGUUCUCGAGCCAGGCUGCAACCCCGGGACUGGGACUGGCCAUGCCCAGCUGGAGACCAGCAGCGAGGUCCAGGAUGGGCUCUCGUCCCCCAGGGUGCAGGGUGGCUAUCCUGUCCAGGACACUAAGAUGUGAAGCAGAGCUCCCUGUGCCCUCGUGAUGACACUGCUGGAGACAUCUUUUUGGAAGUAGCAACAACAGUAGCAGCAGCAAAUGAAGCCAUUGCAGAAGCAGAAUAUGCUGAGUGUCUGGAGGGAGCCUGAAGACACGGGGUGGAUUAUUUCCCAGGCUCCACACUGAAUGUUUCCUCGUAGAUAGAGAUUAGAUCUGAGGGCAGCAGACUUCUAUCAACUUGAGUUUAUGUCAUUUGAUGGACAGGGUUUCAAAAAGAAAUUUAUUUAAAACAAAGCAUUGUGAUAAUCUCCAGGGGACACCGGUCAGCCUGUGGAGCCCUGGAUAGGACCCACACCCACCCAUCCCUGCUGGUGACCUCCAAACUGAGCUCAGAUUUAGCUUACCAGAUUUUGCUUAUGUAAAAUUACAGCCUUUAUACUGCUCUAAUGUUUGUAUAGUUCUCAAAUAAAAGUACAAACUAAUUUUAGGUGGUCAGAAACAAAAGAAAAUAGUAUUGCUAUUUUCUUACAGGAGACCUUAAAUUUUAUCAAGUAAGUUACAGGAGACCUUAAAUUUUAUCAAGACCUGAGCCCAGGAGUUGGAGGUCACUAUGAGUUAUGAUGCCACAGCACUCUACCCAGGGCAACAGCUUAAGGCUCUGUCUAAAAAAAAAAAAAAAAAAAAAUUUUUUAUCAAGACCCUUGAAUUUGGUCCAAAUUCAAGUUGGUCAACCAAUUUUUCAAACAUUGGACCAGAAGAGAUAAUGAUUGAAACAUUUUUUUAAAUGUCUGUGCUAUCAACAGGAGCGUUUCCUGUCCUGUGGUUUUCUAGUUGCUGGCCACCAUGGGGGGUUGCUGCCUCCACCUCCCUUGAGGAGGCUGUGGGAGCUCCCAUGAGAGGCAGGAUGUCAGGAGGUUUCAUGCUCUCAGCCUCAUCUCCUUAUCCUAAAAGCAGAGCAAUGAGACCCAAACUAUGUCUGAUUUGUCCUGUAAGGAUGAAUGUUUCCAUUCCAGAAGGUUACCUGGAGCGCCAUUAGAUGUUUCCUAGGAAGUGCCUUAUGUGUCAUGAUGUGCACGAUAAGUCAUGAAAACAUUUUUCCUAGUGAGUUGGGCUCUGUUCUGGUCCUAGUGAGUCUCUUUAGUCUGUUCUCACUGGAUUGCUCUUGCUGUAAUAGUCUGUUGGGGAGCAUAGGAGGUUUUGCCAGGGACAGGAGGUUUGACUGCCCAGUCCUUAACUUACUCCUCCCCAUCUUCAUGCACUCCUGUUGAAAGAUGUUAAUCUAAAUACACGUUUAAUCUUUAAAGUUGGUCCUUAUUCUGAUUUGAGUAUGUCAGUGUUUCAGUGUGGUAGUUGGAAUAAUCGUUUUUCUGAAGGUCUGUUAGACCACACCCUACCUUGACUUCAAAAAACAGUCUCUCAGACAAAAAGGCCUUAUGUCACCACUGGUACCUCAAUUUUCUUGUCCCAUUUUACAGUUUUUCUAACUCCCAGGAUAGCGUCAAUAUUUGACAUCUAUUUUUUUCAAACCUAGUUUUAAAUCGUUUGUAACUUGCAACCAACUUACAACCUGGUUGAGACUGAUACUGUCAUAGUUCUCAUAAACUUUGGAUUUUUAGUACAAUUUGGGAGACAUGUGUGAGUCAGUUAUUUUGAGAUCUAUUAAUUAUCUAUCUAUCUAUCAAUGAUCUAUCAUCUAUCUAUCCCCUAAACAAUACAUGGUUUUAUCUAUA